AUGAACGCUCCUCCCAAUGGAUACCCUUCCUAUUCUCAAUUCACCUUUGACCAAAAUUCUGUGAGUUCACAGCAUUCACGUCAUCGUCAGCAUCAUCAACAACAAGAGCAUAAUCACCUACGGCAGCAGCAGCAGCGGGAGCAGCAGCACCACAUUCAGCAGUCAAUGACCCCAACAUCUUCUUCCACCUCAGUAUCGUCUAUUUACGCGUUCUACCAUCAGCAACAGCAACAAAUGGCUUUAAAUUCACUGAAUGCUACAGUUUCCAUGAUUGAUUUUGGAGACCAGGCUGACACAGAAGCCCUAUCUCGAAGCCAUCGUAAGAAACGCGGACCAAAGAAAAAGCCUCUAACAAAAGAACGCGAAGAUCGGAUGCGCAGUCGACGAGCACGAGCCAAUGACCGCGAGCGAAACCGGAUGCAUGGUUUGAAUAGGGCUCUAGAGGCACUACGGGAGCGUGUGCCUGUCUUCUCGGCCAAUCAGCGGUUAAGUAAAAUUGAAACUCUCCGAUUGGCUAAAAAUUACAUUCGCGCGUUAACCGACAUCUUGGAGAGCAGUGAGGCGCAACCAGAUUCCCUGAAGAUGGCAUUAACGUUGACUGAUGGGCUGUCGCAGAAUACGACGAAUUUAGUAGCGGGUUCUUUGAAGGUCAGUCCCAGAGUGCUACUGCAGAUGCAGAAGAGGAACAGUUAUGGCACCAACGAUAGUGGAAGCAACAGUGGUGCGAUGCCUCGAGAAGCAGGGAUUAUGCGAGAGACAGAGUACUACUGCUCGAGUUAUGGGUUGAAUCAAGUGCAACAGGGUAUCUGUUCCCCGAUUUCGGAUUGCCAAUUCCCAGACAGCUUCAUAAAUGAGUGA